AUGACUCUACCAACACUUCCUAACUGGAUAAGGAUGUGCGUGCAUUCGUCCCUUACACGUCUCCAUCAGCACCGUUCCCCGAAAUACGAGUCUAUACCUAUUAAAAGUAUCCAGGCUAAUUCACACAGAAUCCUCAUCAUCCUAACCACAGCCUCCUUCUACCCGCAGAUCCGGUGCAUCCAACUUCGAAACUCCACACACGGCAUCUCCACUGCCUACAUCCUCUUCAACCUAAUCAGCGCAACAGAACACUUCGCCAUCCUAUUCGCAUUGCUGGUAAACAGCGGCGGAGAUGUCUUCAUCCAUGAGCCCCCUACGACCGGGGACUGGUUGAACCUGUACCAGCUUUUCGCAGUGUGGAUGGGAUGCUUAGUCCUCUUCUGCCAAGCAAUCCAUAGCCUCCACACCAAUCCACGCCGCAAACUCAUCCUACUAACCAUAUACAUUCAAUACCUAUGCAUUUCUAUCUUACCCGAGGUCAUCGACGCAAUCACCACUCCCGAGGAAACGAGAAAACAAAGGCCGCCAACGGGCGAGAGGAACUGGCUGAUCGGACUCUUUCUUUCCGCGCACGCGAUGACCGUCCUGCCACUAUCGGCCGUGCUCCGCAUCGCAGGAUUCAUAGAUCAGUCGCGACUGAUCUUGCGGCGCAGACGGGAGCAGCCAUCGGUCUUAAGCCUGACAGGCCUGGCGUGUCAGGCCGUGGUCUUUGCUCUAGUAUCUGGACUCUGGGUACUCAGGGUUCAGCAGCCUGUUCCUCGGAUGCCGAUGAGAAAACCUGUGGAUUGGAUGUAUUGGUACCAUGUAAUUGGGUGGCCGGUUGUCGACGAUGCGGUUUAUGCGCUGGGACAAUGGGUUUUGUUUUGGUAUGCGGUUUGUUGGCGUUCUAGGGGCGAUGCUAGGGAUGAGGCAGUCCAUUCUGGGGAGACUGAUGACCUGUUAGGAGAGGAUGAAGGGCAUGGGUACGGCGGAAACGGGACUUCUUAG